UCAUAUAAUACAAGAAUGUGCAGCUGAUUGAUUCGUUCUUUUUUAUUUGAGGAGAGAAAUUUAUUCAAUAUGAUAAUGGUGCCUAGGGUUUCCGUUUUGUUAGCCUUAUUUUUCGUUUGUAAAGUUAAUGCUCAGCGUUCUGUCAAAAAGUUUAGUAGCAGCAGAAAGUCGAAUGCUUCAGCUUCUAAAUCCACAGUAUCAGAAGUUGUCAGUAGUGAACCAGUGAUUCAGAAUUCUGACUUUGGUUUAGCGAGUGCUUCUAAUAAACUAUUCCCAUCACAAAUGCAGAGCAAUUCUUUUAGGGACAUUGUAGAUUUGACACACAACCGAAACAGAAACGCUGGAUUAGAUCGUCAAAACAAUCAACUACAAACUCUUCUGGAUUUAAAUGACAUUACAGCUAUGGAAACAUCUAUUAAGGAUCCGACCGUCCCAAAUCUGUUUUCUCAUACGUCAGAUUUACAGUCGCUCGGAGGUGAAAAUUCACGAAGCACAACGAAAACAGAAACAAAAGUAACAAAGACUUCUACUGUGCAAAGGAUAGAGCCUCAACCCAUUCCGCAGCCUUCUACAAAUUCUAUGCCAAUGAUUAUUCCAUUCAAUGUAAACGGAAAUUCUGACAGAGUUCCAAAUAAUCCAAACAGCCCCGAAGCAGUCUGGAUAGAAACGCAAAAUUCUAUUAUAGACACAAGGAAAAGUCCAGCAUUGGAUCAAAAUUCUAUAAAUUUGUCGCCUAAUCAGGAAAUACAUAGAGGAUUACCUAACGCCAAUACGGAACCAGAAACUCCUCAAAAUAGAGAAGCUGAGUUGUUAAAUAACUUUCUGCAACCUUUAAUCCCACGUGGUAAUCCUCCUCCAGAAAGAAUUACUCCUGGUUCAUUCGGAUUAUCACUCCGAAACAGAAACAUGGCCCAACUGGUCAGUGGUUUGGCGACGAGACCACAGCCACGAAGGCCGAGACAGAUUGCUAUGGGAAGAGAACCUGAUAAACGAAUCAGGGGAAUAAUUGUAAGUCAAUCAAAUAUUAAUCCAGAGCAAAGACAAGCAAACAGCAUAAACAAAAGUAAUUUGGAAAAGAAAGCAUCACAAAACCAGAAACCCGAAAAACAAAUAACAAGUGGAUUAGGAAAAAUCAAAAAUUUGUUCGAUACAAAUAGUGUGCAGGAUUUUGGAUUGUUAAGUCGGUCAGUUAAAGACGGACUAAGUACCGGAGAAACACAGAGUUUGGAUGGAUCAACUGCUCCUUCCUGGGUUCAAACAAAUAGUCAGGAAAUAGGACUUUCACAAUCGGAAUCAGGUGUUCCCAUACCAAGUUCAAGACAAGAAACAAGAUCUUUUACAGAUAAUCCAGGAAAUUCUCGUCUCGACCCAACUGUAAAUAACGAAUUCAAUGAAUUUCCACUUUUUCCUGGUAUUCCAGGCAGCACAACAGAUUUUGGUAAUCAAAAUGAGAUUGGUGGAUUUGAUGACCCCAACCAACAGAUAAUAACAGGAGUCGAAGCAUUAAACAAUCAAAACAUGGGUUCAAUGCGAAGCAAUGUUAACGAUCAAAGUGGAAAUGUUAUUGGUGACAAAGAAAUAGAAGAAUUGAUCAAUCGUGUAGUUUCUAGUGUCGAUCCAAAUCCUUUUCCGGGUGUUCCAGUACAACCACAAGAUCAAACACAGAAUGGCGAAACAGGAUUAGCAGGAGAGUCAAAUUCAGGACCACUGAAUACUCCAUUCGAAAAUGGCAUGUUGAUGGAAAACCCGUUUGAAAGCGGUCCUCCGAGUCAAAGAAUGGUCCCAAGUGCACCAGUUUUAAGUAAUAAUGGACGCCCAUCCUCCCUAGACAACACCCAAACACAGAAUAAUGCAAACCCGUCUGCUCGAGUGUCUGGUACAAAUGUUCCAAAUCGACCAAGAAGCCCCGCUCAGCGAGGUCGUAUAGGACCAAGUAAUAAUGGUUUAGUACCAAGACCAAGACAAGCGUUACCUAAUAGAAGACCUACAGGAUUUACCAGACCUGCAAAUAGAGGUCAAGUUAGAGGUUCAACAACAAAUAAUCAACCUGUGGUUAGAAACAUGCGCAACCCUGGUAACCGAAAUUUUGGUCGUAUAAAUCAGAAUCGGGGAUUGAAUAAUAUUGUAAAUCCUAGACCGCAAAUUUCUCAAGGUCCGACUAGGAUGCCAAAUAAUGGAGCUCGACCUAUGCCUUUGAAUAAUUUUCAGAAUAGUAAUACUCGUCAAAACUUACCUAGCAAUUCACAAGGUCAAACUACUUCUCGUCUCAUAAAUGCAAUAAACAAUGCAUUUCGUAACAAUAGGGGGCCGUCAUCCAAUACAGCUCAACGAAACAACGUAGUUCAGCCAACUAAUUCACUACCACAAAACAGAAAUAGAUUCGGUCAGGAACCUUCAAAUGUGGUUGAGGAAAAUAGACUGUUGCCUAAUCUCCCAACUUCACCAAUUGAAGCUAGAAGAGCUAUACGUAGGAUACAACAAGCUCGCACACUGCAAGAAAUUCAACAAAGUCAGCAGACGACACAACAGAAUGAGGUAACAGACCUUUCCGGACCAGUAGGUCAAAUUGCAUCCAGGGCUUUAAACCAAAACAACGAAGCAAAUCUUUUAAGACCAUGGCCUCCGGUAAAUCAACAAAUUAGAUCAAAUUCUUUGCAGGAAAAUCUGUCACGGAAUCAAAAUUCAAGUAGUGCUUUUCGAAAUUCAAAUGUAAUAAAUCGUCUAUUGCAAUCAAUUGAUUUGCCAAAGAAUUUACCAGUGGGACAAAUAGGUUCGUAUAUGAUACUUCCUUUGGGGACAACGAAUAAUAUGACUUUACCUAGAAGUGCCGGCAAUGGUAGAAGGUCACCUCAAUUAUCUGCAAUAAGUUCUCAGCUAGCUUCAGUGUUAAAUCAAAUAGUCUCUCAAAACAGUAAUGUGCGUAGGUUGCAACGAAACCCGUCAAAUGUACGAGUUCCUACACGUCAAUCAGCCACUCAAAGGCGAAUUAUUCCAAACCAACAACGGCGGACUAAUCAAUUGACAAAUCGUCCUCAAGCAAGGACACAGACUGGUCUAAACAGUGAAACAUUAAGAGCUUUGCAAACAAUCUUAGGACUCUUCCAAACAAGACUAUCGUUAACACAAGCCCAACGACAACGUCUUCAAACUGAUUUACAGAAUAUUGUACUUAAUCGAAUGCGUCCAACAGCUGGUCAACCCUCACAACAACGUCGUCCAGUGUUACCAACAAAUAUGGUUCGACAAAUAGGACCACAAGCAAAUGGUCAAAACUUUAGAACAAGUAAUUCUCAGGCGCAAACUAGACCACAAACAAAUGGUUUACCAAGAACAAAUAACCAGCAACCACCAGUUGCAAACAAUCGGCGACGGACAAAUGUAUUUUAAUUUUGUGUUCCAUUUGAACAGUUUGUAACUAUUGAGUCGAUGUAAUGUUUGAAGGGACUUAUAUGACUUAUAUUCGACACCAACAAUCGUGAUACAUUCCCUCAUUUUUUUUCAUCUUAUUGAGGAUAAUUUUGCCAAGAGAAUAUGAAUAUAAUAAGAACCAUUGU